AUGUUGACAUUUUCUGCUUUGGAAAAUAUUGAGAAAAAGAGUAGGAUUGAACAGGACAUGGAUACUGAAUCAGUUAAUAUAAUUGGCUUAGAAUUUGCAUCUCAAGACACAGUGGGUUGUAAGGAUGCUACUUCCCACAAUGCUGAUAAUACUCCUGUGUCGAAUAUUCCCUCUGGCAUUUGUACAACUCCAUCAUCAAGAACAGCCGCCAACCUCAAUUCUCCACCUAUAAGUGCCAAACGUAAACUUGUAGAUGUUUACGAAUUACGAUCUUGA